GAAUUGAUUGAUGCGAAUUUGGUUGAAUUGGAUGCAGUUAGUGGACUCCAUCCUCGGUUGCGAGACGUGAUUCAUGCAACUAUUCAACGCUGGUUUCCAGUACAAUAUUCUAUAUUACCUCAUCUUAUCGCGGAAACCGUAUGUCCACCUCUACUUCCACCGAGAGAUUUGGCCAUAUCAUCACCAACAGGAAGUGGCAAGACACUUUGCUAUAUUCUACCAAUACUAAAUUCAUUAUCAUAUACGAGCGCGAAAUCGUUGCAUGCACUUAUUGUUGCACCUGUUCAGAACCUUGUCGCACAAAUUGAAUCUGAGUUCAAUAAAUUCAAUGUAUUCAAAAUGAAAACCGCUUUAUUGUGUGGAGGUGCUAACAACGACAUAAACUCGCAAAGACGUCAGCUCAAAGACGCACGCGUCGUAUUCGCCACACCGGGUCGACUCAUUGAGCAUUUAGUUGAUCCGCAGUCGCCUAUUGAUGUCACUCAUUUGAGGUAUCUGGUCAUUGACGAGGCUGAUCGAAUGUCGCAAAGUGCCCGACUGGAAUGGUUGGAUGCUCUCGAAAAUGCAGCUCACUUGAACACUGUUUAUAGCAGUUUCGAUAACAUCGCGCGAACAGGAUCGUAUCUUCAAAAAAUUCUUGUAUCUGCAACACUGUCACGAGAUGUCGAAAAAUUACACGUUUGGAGGCUUCGUUAUCCGCGAUUGUUUCGAGCAACAGCGAAACAUUCGGAAGAGAUAAGAGGAGAUGAGUCAGUGCUAUCACUGAACCAAACAACUGCAACAACGGAUCAAAUAGUCGGUGCAACCAUUUUGCCGUCAUCGUUGACACAUCGUGUUGUAGUUUGUGAAGCGAAUGUGAAGCCGUUAGCUCUUUACAUUCAACUACAAAAGCAUUCUCAAUGGAAGAGGAUUCUCGUUUUCGCGAAUAAUAAAUUGGCAAGUAAUCGGUUGGCUGUACUUUUGAACGUGCUUGCAAGUGAUGACUUUCGAGUGGAGGAACUUUCAGCGAAUCUCUUCGGUCAUAGGAGACAUAAAGUGCUGAAUAGGUUCAAGAAAGGUGCAACCCGUGUACUGAUCGCGAGUGAUGUUAUUUCGCGUGGAAUCGAUGUGCAGGAUAUAGACGCAGUGAUCAAUUACGAUAAACCGAGUACCGAGCGACUGUUCAUCCACCGAGUUGGUCGAACGGCUCGUUGUGGACGUCAAGGAGUCGCACUCUCACUCACCACCAAUCAAGAGAGAGAUGAUUUGAAAAAUAUGUUGAGUAAGACGGGAUGUUGGAGGGAUGUUGAAGAAGAAAAAUUGGAAUUAACAACUGAUGAUCCACUUCAGACCAAAUACAGACAUGCACUAGGCAGUCUCAAAGAGGUGAUUGAAAAGAGGAACGUUAAGGUAAUUUAA